AUGUUGUCUGAUUGUAUUUUGAUCGUAGUCAUCUCAGUCUGUACAGCCUUUCUCGGCGAAGGGCUGACAUGGCUGAUGGUGUACAGAACAGACAAGUACAAGAAGUUGAAGGCGGAGGUGGAAAAACAGAGCAAGAAAUUGGAGAAACAAAGAGAAACUGAGACAAAUGACAGAGUUCAGAAGAAGAAACUGGAGAGACAGGAGGAGAAGCUGAAGACCAAUAGCAGGGACCUCUCAUUGGUGAAGAUGAAGUCCAUGUUUGCUAUUGGGUUUGCAUUUACUGCCCUCCUCAGCAUGUUCAACUCUAUAUUUGAUGGCCGGGUGGUAGCCAAUUUACCGUUCACCCCGAUCUCAUUCGUCCAAGGGAUUUCUCACCGAAACUUGCCUGGUGAAGAUUACACUCAUUGUUCGUUCAUUUUCCUCUACAUUCUGUGCACCAUGUCCAUUAGACAGAACAUCCAGAAGCUACUAGGAUUAGCUCCGUCAAGAGCAGCAAGCAAGCAAGGCACAGGUUUCUUCACGCCGCCAUCACAGCUGGGCAGAUAA